AUGAGCGUUUCCACAAAAUCCAUCAAGACUCAGCUUCAAAAAGUUAAUAUCUAUAUAGAGCAACUCGGUGACCUCCUUGAUGAAAGAGAAAGACUUGUGAGCGUUUUGCACCUCACGCCUUCAAAUCUAGACAACUUGGAUGUAAUCAACCUAUUGGCGAAGAUCAAGGCGGGCCUUGAUUAUGCACAAGAGGAUCUUUCAUCCGGUAUUUCCAAGGAUUUAUCUGCUGAGCUUCUCAAGGUGGCAAAGGCUUAUUCAGAAGCGGCUGCACCACUACAAGACGAUGUGUACAUCAACAUUGAGGAGUAUUUAUUUGAGCCUCUACGUAACGACGAGCAGAGUACCAAAAAGAGCGUGCGAUUCAAGGACUACGAUUCUGAGGAGGAAGUAGAUGAGACUACGCAGAUGCGCAACCAACUUAUGGGUACUUCGGGAAACUUCAAACCUUACAAAGAUUCGACAGGCGAUCCCGAAAGCGAGGACAGUGUCGACGCAGAUAGGAACACGCUUCUGUCUGUAGACACAUCAAAUCAGGAGAUGUUUGCACAGCAUCAGCAGCAAAUGUUAGAGCAAGACCAGAAUUUGGACGUCCUCCAUCAAAGUAUCCGCACACAGCAUAGAAUGGGGGCCCAUAUCAACGAGGAGCUUGAUGAGCACUUGAUUUUACUCAACGAUUUAGAGGAAGGCGUUGAUGGGUCGCAUACGCGUAUACGACGGGCAACAAAUGGAAUUGUCAAGUUCAGGCGAAAGGCAAAAGAGAACGGCAGCUUAGUUACCAUUGUGGUGUUGACUGUGAUAUUGAUAUUGUUAUUGGUUGUAUUGAACUGA